AAUAGAAUAUAUUAUAUUUGGGUAAACUGGUUUUGCACGGCAUCGUAUUUUUAUUAUUAUUUUUGUUGUCAAAUAUAACAGACAGACAUUAUGGAGUUUAAUAAUUGAAAAUAACAUAAAAGCAUACGCGAAGUGGCGAUGACACUUAUUUUAUAAUAUUGGGCUGUAGACAAGAUUUUCUUAUUAUUUAGUCAUUUCAGAGAUUCAAUUAUAGACUAAGUCUAGCAAGAAUACUUAAAAGAAGGGUUGCCGGGGGGUCUGAAUGAAAGGCCGAAAUGAAGUGAACAGAGUCGUGCACCAAUUGCGGACAAUCAACUGAAUAUCACAUCUUAUGAUUGGCGCUUCGAACCCACCCGGUAUUAAGCUGUCCAAUAACCCACGAUUUUACUAGUCAUCGGAUCAUUCCACCAUGCAGAGUGAACGAGCUCUAGUGCAUUUACAACAACAAAGGAGUGUCAAAGUUUUCAAGACCCUCACAGCUAGUUGGCUUUAUAAUAUUGUAUCAUAUUGAUGCAGACUCCCAAUAUAUGUUCGAUUGUCAAAGUACCGAACAAGUCUGGUCAAUGCAGGGAAUGAUGAGAUUGGGAAGGAUUGGUAAGUGGCUAGUAACAAAAAAUGUGCAAGUGAUGCACACCGAGACUAUUAGCUAGCUAGCUAGUUGUACCGCGCUAGCUAGCUACUGAGACUGAUUCGGGUCAGGAUGGAAUAAGGAUAGCAAGUCUGGACAGUUGGAAUUGAUGACCAUUGUAAGCGCAUGACUCAAAGAUGAUCCGGAUUGCAGCACUAAAUGCAGCCUCAGCCGCAGCGGAUGAGUCUGAAGACCCUCUGAAAACUAAAAAGAGUCGAACUAAGGAGGCACAGGAAGCAGAGGCAUUUGCUUUGUAUCAUAAAGCAUUAGAUCUUCAAAAGCAUGACAAGUUUGAGGAGUCUGCAAAGGCUUAUCAUGAACUCCUCAAAACCCCAUUGCUCAAAGAGGCAAUGCCCUCGGACGACCAAAAGGUGGGUCUUAAGCAUCCAGGGCUGAUGCUGAAAUACUCUACCUUCAAAAACCUGGCUAGUUUGGCUGCGCUGCGGGAUGAUUUGGAGACAGCCAUGGAAUUUUACUUGGAGGCUGUGAUGCUGGAUUCCACAGAUGUGAACAUGUGGUACAAGAUUGGUCAGGUGGCGGUGCGACUGUUGCGCAUUCCUUUGGCGCGGCAUGCCUUUGAGGAGGGUCUGCAAUGUAACCCAGACCACUGGCCCUGUCUGGAUAACCUCAUAACUGUUCUUUACACACUCAGUGACUACAGCUGCUGUUUGUAUUUCAUCUGCAAAGCCCUGGAAAAGGAUCAUUGUUACACCAAAGGGCUGGUGUUGAAGGAGAAGAUCUUUGAAGAACAGCCUUGUCUGAAGAGAGACUCCAUGCAAAUGUUCUUGAAGUGUGACAUGUCCAUUCACUAUGUGGAGGUGGAUGAGGAGGAGACCCAGGCCAUUGUGGAGGAGGCGAUGGAUCUGCGACGGCGCAGGCAGGCUCUCUCUGCCCGGGAACCCAAACCAGACCUGGUCCUAGUCCAACCCAUCCGCUGUUUCUCGUGGAAGAAUGUUGGAGAGAGCCUCCUUGCCAUGUACAGACAUCAGACAACCUGCGAGCCGCCACGCCCAAGCCUGGGCCGCAGAAUUGACCUGUCCCAGUACCGCGACCCCAACUGCCUCCAGGCCUUGCCUCCUGAGCCCUGCCCUCCUGUCAGUGAUAUUCAGACCAUCCCCAGCAGCAGCCCCAGCUCCUCCCUGCCUCCACUUCCUGUCCCUGAGCCAUCAGCACUGUCCCAGCCCAGCCCUCUGGUUCAGAUCACACAGAGCCAGACAGUAGAGGUCAUUACAACUACAGCCCCCUCUGUUGCUAUGGACACAUCCUUCACUGUGAAGGAGAAGGAGAAGAAGGCCCCUAAGAGGAGACGCACAAUGGAGGACAGCGGAGACACUGCCAAGCGCCGCUCAGCUCGGGUCAGAAACACAAAGUGCAAGAAGGAGGAGAAGAUCGACUUCCAGGAGCUGCUUUUCAAAUACCUACCAUCCAGACUAAAGAAGUUUGACCUUGAGGAUGAUGACGAGAGCCUGAGUAACCUGGAAGCUCAGUGUGAAGUUAAGCAGGACUCCCAGCUGCUCCAUGGCAACAGCGGCAUGCUUUUAGACUCUAUUGAAUACAUGGAAUCAGAACAAGAGGAUGUCCACAACUUCCUGCUCAAUAAUAUGAGCAAUGGUGGGAUAUUAGAGUUGAUGAUGUGCUAUCUGAAAGCGGUGGGUCAGAGGUUCAUGGAGGAGUGGCCUCGGGGGCUGACUGCAGUGGUGCUGGAGGUGUAUCACAGCUGGAGGAAGCACAGUAGCGGACUGCCCAACCCUCUGCUCCGCGACUGCAGUAAUCAACACAUACGGGAAAUGUUUCUGAUGAGCCUAUCAUGUAUGGAGCUUCAGUUGGAGCAAUGGUCUCACAGCAAAGGCAAAAAUGGGUCGCCGAGAAAGUGCAGUGGGGGCCAGAGCAGUGUUGUGUGUGAAGCAGAGUUCCCAGGGCAGCACUUUGAAGGGGACCUGUUACAGCUGGCCUUGGGAUCAUCACAGGGGUACUUGUUUGAGGACAACUGGGUGGCCGUGGUGGUACGUGUUUACUGGCUCAAGGCACGCUUCUUGGCCCUGCAGGGAGACAUGGACCAGGCCCUGGAGAGCUAUGAUGUGUGUACAGACAUGCUGCAGAGUCACGCACGGACCACAGAGGAGGACAAGUACACCAUCUACCUGCCCAACCUGCGUGUGGAUGCAGCCAUCUCAGUGGAGGAGAUUGAUAAGAAGCUGAAGUCUCUGGAGCGUUGUCAGUCCCUGGAGGAGAUCCAGCGUCUGUUUGAGUCUGGGGACUAUGAGUCUGUGGUGCGGCUGCUGCAGCCCACCCUCAGCUAUGGCUCUGGGCGGGUCAAGCCUCUGGAGUUUGUCAGCUCUGUUCCUGAGAGGCCUGCCCAGCUGCUUCUGCUGCAGAACUCCCUGUUGAAGCAGAAGGACUAUCGUCAGUGUCUGGAGUGCACCGAGGUGGCCCUGAACGAAGCCCUGCAGCAGCUCAACGCUGUCCCAGCCAGCUCUCACUCGGCCAAAGAGGAAUGGGUCUCCACCAUCACAACACUGCUGGGAGGCAUCGAGGUCUGCUUCACAGAGGACCUUCAACUCCUGAGCAACGUCAACCGCUACACCAGCAUGGCCCGGCUGGCCAACAACCUCAUCCAGCUGAUUGACUGCAUCAUGGUGAUCCCAGAUGAUCCCAAGGAACCUAAUUUCUCCUCGGUCCUGCCCUGGAUUCUCCUGUACCACAUCAUCAAACACGAGGAGGCUGCUUUCAACUGCCUGCUUCGCCAGCACAUAUCAGUAGGGGACGAUGAAGAAGACUCUAACACCCCCAUGCUGCCCUCAUCCUUGAUGCUGCUCAACACGGCCCACGAGUAUCUGGGCCGCCGCUCCUGGUGCUGCAAGUCAGAUGGCGCUCUGCUCAAGUUCUAUGUUUGUGUUCUGGAGAAAGAGCUAGCUGCCUCUAAAGCGGAGGCCACCCAUCCCUACAAAGAGGAGUUGGAGAUGGCCUUGGAGCAGUGCUUCUACUGCCUGUACGCCUACCCCAGCAAGAAGAGCAAGGCCCGCUAUCUAGAGGAGCACUCUGCUCAACAGGUGGAACUCCUGUGGAGCAAUGCCCUCUUCAUGUUCCAGUACUUCAAGCCCAAGACUCUGCCUGAGUUUGACAGCUACAAGACGAGCACGGUGUCUGCUGACCUGGCCAACCUGCUGAAGAGGAUCUCUGGCAUUGUGCCCCGAAGUGACACUCCCAUCCUCACCAUGGAUGAGGUGUCAGCCUACAUCGAGGGCACGGCUGGGAAGGAGCCAGUACCUUGCCUUCCUGAGGGGGGCGCUCCAGCACCCCCUGUGGUCAAUGAGAUCUUCUACCUCCUGGCUGACUACCACUUCAAGAACAAGGAGCAGUCCAAGGCCAUCAAGUUCUAUAUGCAUGACAUCUGUGUUUGUCCAAACAGGUUUGACUCCUGGGCUGGCAUGGCACUGGCGAGGGCCAGCCGCAUCCAGGACAAGCUCAACUCCAACGAGCUGAAGAGCGAUGGCCCCAUUUGGAAGCACUCCCUGGCUGUGCUCAACUGCUUUAAGAGGGCCCUGGAGAUCAACAGCUCCAACCUGGCUCUGUGGAUCGAGUACGGCACCAUGUCCUAUGCCCUCCACUCCUUCGCCUCGCGUCAAGUCAAACAGUGGAGGAGCGAGCUGCCCCCUGAGGUCGUCAAACAGAUGGAGGAAAGGAGAGAUACAAUGCUGGAGACGUCGUCCCAGUGUUUCCAAGGGGCGUCUCGAUGUGAGGGGGAUAGUGAUGAGGAAGAGUGGCUCAUCCAUUACAUGCUGGGGAAGAUAGCGGAGAAACGAAAGCAGCCACCCCGGGAAUACGUCCAGCUCUACAAACAGGCAGCACAUUAUCUGCAUGAGGAGGCUGCCAGAUACCCUCGGAAAAUACACUACCACAAUCCCCCUGACUUGGCUAUGGAGGCCCUGGAGCUGUACUUUCGUCUGUGUGCCACCAUCCUAAAGCUGCUGGAGGCUGAGGAACCGGACCUGGAGCACGAGAUCUUCUUCAACAUCCUGGCUGAGGCAGCCACCGGACCCUUCGCCAGGGGGGAAGAGAAGAGCAUGCCCAGGUCCCACGAAAAGGAGAAGCCCCUCUUCAUGAUGGACGAGGACUCCCACUGCUCUGUGUCGUCUGUGUGCGCUGCGGCGGAUGUUCAUGGGGCCUCCCUCCCCUCCAACGCUGCAGGUCUGACAUCACCACCUUACACGGCCACUCCGGUCGACCACGAUUACGUCAAACGUAAAACCCUCAGGAGGCAGCAGCAGACGUGGCAGCAGCAGCAUGAGGAGGAGCAGCAGGCUGAUGCCACCCCAGAACAUGACCAUGAUUACUGCCUGCCCAGGUCUCCAAUGUGGCUGGCAUCCCUGAAUGAGCGCAGUCAGGACAGUGUGGUGGUGAUGCUGUCUGACUCCAACUCCACCCAGGAUGCCUUCACAGACCCCGCCAGCUCCCAGGACAGUAGCCAUGCUAAGCUACAGUCUCAGUCUGGGAAGGGCAGUACGUCUUCCUCUGAGAACACCACCCCCAUCAAGGAGGGCCAGCCUACAGUUGAAGACACAGGCUCGCAUGGGGGAAGAAGCAUCGAGGGCGGGACUGUAAUCUUGCUGGAGGACAAAGAACAAGUCCAAGAAGUAGAAGACACCAUGUCAGUGACAGUACCUGAGGCUGAUGCCCAAAAGCCGACCAUAGAUCCCUGCCCUCAUGCACUGCCUGUUCCAUCCACCCCACCAAAGCUCGUCCACUCCCCAGGUCACCCCCAAACCCCCACUCCUCAGGCCACCCCCCAGACUCCCGCCAGCGAUGGGAAGAGCCGUCACCAGAGAUGGCCCGAGCCCCCUCCAGAGGUUGUGGAGGUGCCCAAGGCCCUCCCUGCUGAGCGGACAGAGCAGCGCCACAUGCUGGUGGAGAUGUGUGUCCGUGCUCUCUUCCUCUGCCUGAGCCGCUUCCCUCAGCACUACAAGAGCCUCUAUCGCCUGGCCUUCUUCUACACCAACAGCAAGACCCAACAGAAUCUGCGGUGGGCACGAGAUGUGUUGCUAGGAAGCAGUGUCCCAUGGCAACAGCUGAAGCACAUGCCAGCACAAGGACUUUUCUGCGAGAGGAACAAGACAAACCUGUUCAAUGGCAUCUGGCGUAUCCCAGUGGAUGAGAUUGAUCGGCCUGGCAGUUUUGCAUCUCAUAUGAACAGAUCCAUCGUUCUCUUGCUGGAGGUGCUGUCUCAGCUGAAGGACCACGACACACUGCUCAAAGUCUCUUUCAUGCUCCAGAGAACCCCUGACCAGGGAAAGAAGUAUUUGCGGGAUGUGGAUCGUCAGGUUUUGGCCCAGAGAGCAUUUUUCCUAGCUGUAAAAGUCCUGGAGGACAAUCUGAACAAACUCACAGGGGUGUCGGCGCAGCCUUCCAUGGAUGAGAUGACGACCACGGACACGUCCAACAGGCCCAGCGCAGAAGACCGCAGUCAAGCACUGCCUAAGAAGCCGGGGCUCACUGAGGGGACCCAGGUCAAUGCCCCAGGCCAUGACUCUGGGCUGCAGGAGCCCCCUCAGGCACAGCCAGCCCUGCUCACCAUAGACGGAGACAGGGGGGAUCAACAGCAGGGAACUCCAUGUGGGAAGGUGGAGGCUGCUGCAGGGGAGGGGGCCAGAGCAGGGCCAGAGGAGCCUAUGGAGCUGGACACUGGCCACUGGGGGCGUCCCUCCAAGACCACAGACUCUCAGGGCAGUCAACCAGACACUGAGUCCCACAGAACUGUGUUGGAGCCUGGGGAGAAAGUGGCUGUGAGCAACCGGGCACCAGAGCUUUCUCUGGAAGACCUGAGCAUCAGCUCCAGACAGCAGCAGCUCCAGGGCCUGGUAGUUAAGGGCCCAGUGUCAGCCAGUGGAGCAGAGCUGGGACAAGCCCAGGGGCCGCUACGCAGGCCCAGCAGGAAGAGGAAGCUCCUGGAUGACGUAGAGUCAGGCAAAACACUUCUGAUGGAUGCCUACCGGGCGUGGCAGCAGGGCCAGAAGGUUGUGACCUACAAUCUGGGGCGCAUUGAGAAAAUCAUGUCCGAGACAUACAUGCACAUUAAGCAGGUGGACGAGGAUGUGGCGCUGGACCAAGCAGUGAAGUUCUGCCAGAUACAGAUGGCCACGUCAGCACAACGACAGUCUGCCAGUGAUGCCCCGACAACACCUAAGUACUCCAAGGAUCACCGCGACAUCUUCUUCCCUGCCUCUCUGCCCACUCCGGUCCUGCUCAGUCACGCUGCCUGCCACCCCCUGUCUGUCCAGGAUAGCCAAGCCAAACUCCAGUACGAGCCCCUUGGCAAGGUGCCCAGACCUCCAGCCAGCGGCUCCCACGAGCAUUGUCAGCCCCAGCACAGGAGAGCCCCCCUGCCUAUCCACCCUGCUUCAACUAUGGCCUUCCACCCCCAAACAGAGGAACGUGAGGAGCCCCCAGAGGGACUGUCCUACAGACAGCAGGAGUCUCAUCUUUGCCAACAAAUGAAGUUGGCCACUGUGUCCCCAGGGCAGGAGGCUGCAGGCUGGUACCAUGACGAGCCUGCUUCCUGUAGUGCCACACAACCUUGCUCAGACCAGCAGCUAUAUGGCAGCAUUGAGCAGUCCAAGAUGUCGGACCCUAGUCGUAUCCGCUCACGCAUCCCCCCCAACAUGCCAAAGCUCUUCAUCCCCUCCACCGUCACCAAGUUCCCCCCGGAGAUCACCGUCACCCCGCCUACUCCCACCCUGCUCUCCCCCAAAGGAAGUAUUUCAGAGGAAACCAAGCAGAGACUCAAGAACGUGAUCCUGUCCUCCCAGUCAGCGGCCACAGUGAAGAAGGAGACGCUGAGCCAGCCGGCCCUGGAGGUGCAGGAGACCUCCAGCCAGGAGUCCUCUCUGGAGAGUGAAUCAGACGAUGGGGAUGAGGAGGAUGAUUACAUGGACAUCUGAGCCACUGCUACAAGACUGAACAAACCCAGGCCACUCCUUGGAGCUGGACCUGACUACCAUCAAGCCCCUCCACUUCCUCCCUUGUCUUGAAAAGAUGGAAUGGUACAUGUCACUGCAGUUAGUGUCUCUGUGUUGGUGCAGUUGGUCUAUCUUGUAAUUUCAAGCUGUCUUAAUGGAAAAAAGCUCUUGAAGUGAAAAUGUGCAAAUGCGCAAUGUUCAGCUCUUGACACUGGAUGACUGGGGAUGUUUUUCGUUUAACAAUAAUUUUGCUAAGUACCAUUUACACUUAUCACACCUGUCAGCUAACCAAGCUCUCCAUAGUCUUUCACAUGAAAAUGGGAAAAGGUGUAGAAUGAUGAUCUACGCUUUUACUGUAAGUUAAAUGGUCAGAAUUGGUGGUGGAUUGUUGCUUUGUAGACACAUUCUUCGCAUGCAAUGCAGUUGGCAUCAUUGGCUGUGAUUUAUACAUCUUUCACACGUAAUGGGGACUAGAAUUUGGCCUGCUUUUACUGUAUGUUUCAACUGCAGCUAAAUCCUUGUUGUUGGAAUGCAACAUCCCACACUGAGGUGCUUCAACACGAUGAAAUGUGCCAUGGCAACAUAUCACAGGUGCCAGCCAACUUCUAUCCAUACACAUUGAUAUAAGAAUCUGAACGGCAAGAAAUCCACAUUUGUAUGUGACCUGCAUUUUCAUGGACACUAAGAUUUAAUGAGGACUGCAAACCAGAGUUUUAUAUAGGGCUCCUAAAGCAAUGUUGAGGACCCUACUUCUCCAAAGCCUAAUAACCUGUAGCAGAUUGGAUAUGUUUACACUUCCAAGUGGGAUGUCUUUGAUUUGUCUCUUGUUCAUGUUCUAUUUUUGUACUCAACUCUAUUCUAUCAAGUCUUGUUUGAUUUAGUCCUUUUGUUUCUCUGGGGAUUUGUAGCUUGGAGGACCCUUCUUUACCAGGAAGAGGUCCUGUCACCAGCAUUGCUCAGAAUAAUAGACAAAGUGAUGGUUUGGAUUAGUCUGAAUUAGCUUUUGUACAUAUCACAUUUAAAACAUAUUCUCAAAUGAAGCAACUCUUACGCGGUCCAGGUGUUUAUUUACCAUUGGGGUCAAGUGUGGAUGUUCCUAAUUCAGAGAAAAUGCCUUGGUAAAUAUGUUUAAAUUCUAUGUCAACUCAGAGGACGACAAUAGAAUGUUGUUUUUGUUUUUUUACAGAUUGUUUCUAUAAAAAGGAUAUUUACCAUAUGUUUCUUGUAAAUUGUCUUUAGAAGACUUUUUAAAAAAGGAAGAAAUUAUGAAGAAAUAAUUGUAAAGGACAUUGCCCGAACAAGUCUUGCUUGACUGACUACCUACCUGUAAAUGGAUGUUUGUAUUUUUUGGUGUAAAAUACUGUUUUGUAUUUCUGCUGCUGAGCUUCUUAUGGGAAUGUAUAAUGGCUGAGAGGUUUUUCUUCCUUAAACCUUGGCACAGGCUGGGGAGUUGUUGUUCUUUACAUAUUAACUUGCCACAUUAAAGAUGUCACAAACCAAAAAUAUACGUGAUACGCUUUUA